GAGAUGUUAUCAUCUGCCAUGGCCAAACUCUUGCAGUUCGUCUUCCUCAUUUGUGCUUCUCUUUCUGCCUGUGCUAUUUCGAAACAGACCACGGAGCCUUAUGUCGUCUACAUGGGGAGCAAACCACAAGAUGGAGACCAUGAAACUCAACAAGCAGCUCACUUGCAAAUGUUGUCUUCAGUUAUUCCGAGUGAGGAGAAAGAAAGAUUGUCCCUGAUGCAAAGCUACCAUCAUGCAUUCAAGGGGUUCUCAGCUAUGCUUACCGAAAAGGAAGCCGCUUUAUUAUCUGGUUGGUGUUUUCAUCUUCCAGCUCAAUUGAAUCGACUUUUAAUCAUUUCCUCGUUCACAAACUUCAAUUCAUUGGAUCAGAUGCAAGUUAACAAUCUCAGUCUUGAUUGCUAUCUCUCUAUUCUGAUCGAGUGUUUUGGAUGCUUCACAUCAGGCUUUGAUGAAGUGGUGUCAGUUUUCCCUGACGGGAUUCUUCAACUUCAUACUACGCAUUCUUGGGAUUUCUUGGACGCAGAAUCAGGCAUUGGAUCGCAGCGACUCCGGCGAAAAGCUUCCAGUGAUGUUAUAAUUGGCAUCAUUGAUACUGGUGUAUGGCCAGAAUCACCUAGUUUCAAUGAUGCUGGGAUGGGGAGGAUCCCAUCAAGAUGGAAAGGGAUUUGCAUGGAAGGAUCUGACUUCAAAAAAUCUAACUGUAAUAGGAAGCUGAUAGGUGCAAGAUACUACACCAGCCAACCAGAAUCGAUCCAACCUCCAUCAAAUGGAUCCCAUGCCAUCAAAGUAGAUGCUUUUGGAUCACCAAGGGAUUCUGUAGGCCAUGGCACACACACAUCAUCUACAGCUGCUGGCUCCAUCGUGCCAAAUGCUAGCUACUAUGGCCUUGCACAGGGGGUGGCCAAGGGAGGUUCUCCUUCAAGUAGGCUCGCUGUGUACAAGGCAUGCUCACUUGGUGGAUGUGCCGGCUCAACUGUAAUGAAAGCAAUCGAUGAUGCUAUUGAUGAUGGCGUCGACAUGAUCUCAAUAUCAAUAGGAAUGAGCUCUGUGUUCCAGUCAGAUUUUCUUAGCGACCCCAUAGCUAUUGGUGCAUUCCAUGCUCACCAGAGAGGCGUGUUGGUCAUCUGUUCGGGUGGAAAUGAUGGACCAGAUCCUUACACUGUGGUCAAUUCAGCUCCAUGGAUCCUAACAGUUGCAGCUUCAAGCAUUGAUAGGAAUUUCCAAUCAACAAUAGUUCUUGGUAAUGGAAAUAUGUUCAAGGGAACAGCCAUAAAUUUCUCCAAUCUUAAUCGAUCUGAAUCAUAUCCCCUUGUAUUCGGUGGAGCCGUAGCAGCAGAAUCUACACCGAUAUCAGAAGCAAGCAAUUGCUAUCCUGGAUCGCUUGAUGCUGAUAAAGCUGCUGGGAAGAUAAUAGUGUGUGUCGACACUGAUCCAACAGUAACAAGACGAAUAAAGAAGUUGGUGGCUGAAGGAGCUAGAGCUAAAGGCCUGAUCCUAGUUGAUGAGGCAGAAAGAGGUGUGCCAUUUGAUUCUGGCAGUUUCCCAUUCUCAGAGGUUGAAAAUGAUGUGGGAGUUCAGAUACUUAAGUACAUAAACUCUACCAAAAAGCCUUCAGCAGUCAUUCUACCAGCUGAGGAAGUAAAAGUGUUCAAACCAGCACCAGUUGUGGCGUACUUCUCAGCCAGGGGCCCUGGAGGACUCACUGAAGCCAUUCUUAAGCCUGAUGUGAUGGCUCCAGGUGUCAGCAUUAUUGCAGCAUCAAUUCCUUCAUCUGACAGUGGAGAUGUUCUGGUAGGGAAGAAACCAUCAAACUUUGCCAUCAGAUCAGGGACCUCCAUGGCUUGCCCUCAUGUUGCUGGUGCAGGUGCCUUUGUGAAAUCAGCUCAUCCAAGGUGGUCUCCUUCAAUGAUAAGAUCAGCACUCAUGACAACAGCUAUCAUAACCAACAACCUUGGGAAGCCCCUCACAAGCAACUCUGGGGCCAUUGCAAGCUUCCAUGACAUGGGAGCAGGGGAAAUAAGUCCACUCAGAGCCUUAAGUCCAGGCUUAGUUUUUGAGACCACCACAGAGGACUACCUGCACUUCCUCUGCUACUAUGGCUACAAAAACCAAGCCAUAAGAUCCAUCUCUGGGACCAGCUUCAGCUGUCCACCCAACGCCUCACCAGAUCUCAUAUCCAACCUCAACUACCCCUCCACCUCCAUUGCCAAGCUAGGAGGCAAGCAGACUGCGAGGACAGUCAGCAGAACAGUCACCAAUGUUGGGCCACCAAACUCAACAUACUCUGCAACAGUGGAUUCUCCAAGUGGCUUGAUAGUCAAGGUCUCACCUGAGAGACUGGUCUUCACCAAGAGAUGGAUGAAGGCCACUUACCAGGUCACCUUUGAUGCCAAGGCUGCAAGUAAGGGAUAUGGAUAUGGGUCCAUAACAUGGUCAGAUGGAGCACACUCAGUUCAUACUGUUUUUGCAGUGAAUGUUAUGUGAUCCAUCCAUUUCUUUGACAGUUUUUGGGCAACGUUUGUGCCUGUGCUGCUAUGCUGUGCUCCAUCUUUGCAUUUCUGUUUUUGUGAUUUCCAUUGGCAUUCUUGAUAUCAGUUUUACUUGUAUCUCAUGUACAAGGCCAUUUGUCUUAUGUGUUCAUAAUCAUGUAUCAUUGAUCUCUUCACA